UUUAAAUUUGGGAAAUGGGUUGUUCCCAUAUAAACCCCCGGAUUUGAAAUUAGUGGGUGCCAUACGCAUACUCUUGCGGUCUACAUAGCUUUUGUCUUGGAGUAGUUUUUUUUUUGGGAGUAUCUAUAGUCGUUUUUGUCUGUGUUCUUAAUUCAUAGAAAAACUUGAGAAGUUACGAUUCUGUUAUCUUCAUGUCGAGACUGGGUGACGACGAGUUAAGCUUAGUUCUCAAACGGGUUUAUGAUCAAAACGACAGGAAAUCCUUCUCUCAAGUCUGCAAACAAUGGCUGCGGGUGGAAGGUUUAUCCCGAUUAUCCAUUCGGGUUCUUGAGCCCGAUCUCCUCCCCAGUUUCAUGCCCAGAUUCCCAAAUCUUCUUUUCUUUGAAACCCAGAUUUUUAUCUCCGAUCCCCACCUUGAAUUUGUGGCCAAAACAUGCCCCAGGCUCCAAGUCCUUAACCUUAAUCUUAGGAAAACACUUGAAGAAUUCGAUGAAGUUGAUGUGGUUUCCGGCUUUGAAGAUGUUGGAAACGAUGGGGUUAGCGCUCUGGCUAAUGGGUGCCGAAAUCUAACGAAAGCUUUGUUGCGAAAGAGAAAAAAUGUAGGCAACCUUGCUGUUAUUUCCCUCGUCAAGUUCUGCAAGAAUUUGACAUCUCUGGAUUUAGGAAGGUGUAAUUUGGUGGAUGAUCAAGCCGUUGAAGCAAUCGGGUGUUCGGAUUCAAUAAGGGUUUUGAAUUUGGAAGCUUGUUCAUUGAUUACUGACCAUGGACUGGCUGUUCUAGCAACUGGGUUCAUCUCAAGAACGUUGAAAAAACUGGUCCUCGCAGAGUGUGAUCGAAUCACUGAUUCUGGGGUGUCGAUGUUGAAGCACAUGUGUUGUUUGGAGGAGCUAAAUUUAGCUGAGUGCGGGCCAAAGAUAACAGAUACCGGUGGCCUCGCGGUUUCUUCACUCUCGAGUCUCAAGAAAUUGAAUUUGGCUUGGCUGAUCAACUUAUCGGAUGCCACAGUUACUGCAAUUGCUAAAAAUUGUGUGAACUUGGUGGCUAUUGAUUUAACAGGUUGCGAGUUGGUCACCGGAGUUGGUGUUAGAGCAUUUGGGAACCAUGAGUCACUGGAAUACCUUGUGUUGGCUUCUUGUCACAAUAUUUGCAUGGAUGAUUUGAAUGUUGUGGUCAGAUGCCAGUCACUGAGGGACAUUGUGCUCGACAAAGGGCUCAGAAUGUGGAUUCCAAUGGCAAUGCAAGUCCAUAUCAGCAUGUUUUGUCAAUUGCACUGGCGUUGAAGGACAACACAAGGGUACUUGAAAAAGCCUUCUGUUCUUCAUGUUGCUUUUAUUGAUUAUUGGUGAAGGCAAUGUAUUGAUGUUGUUCAAGAUUAUUGGUGGGGGGAGCUGGAAACAUCAUUCGAUGGAAAAGCAAAAGUAGGGUGUUUUGUGAUUGGAAAUAAAGUACUACCGGACAUGAUUUCUUAUUCAAGUUUCAACCUUUUUUUUUGUUCUUUUCUUAAUGUUGUGGUUGUAAAGGUUUUUGCUUUACUUUUCAUUUGGAGCUUAUGACACACUUUCCUCA